AAUCCUCACGUAGCAAGGGUCAAACCCAAACCUCUGCUCAGCCAUCGCUGCCCAAUCGCGCCGCAGCAAAAGAAGCUAACCGGAGCUAGGAGGGCCCCGACGGCGACAGCCACUGUGAGUGGCGGCUCCCGACACCUGGAGAGGGAAGAGAGAACAACCAGGAGUUAUUUUUCAUCAUUUUACUUACGAUGAUUGUCUUCUAAUUACAGGUGAAGCACUCUAAGCCAGUCUCACAAUGUUUCUUCGCCGGGUUGCUACAAAGUUGCCUCAACCAACCAGGUUCUUUUGCAAUGCUAGUAACCAUGAUAUUUCCAAUGCUAUUGCAGAACUUAACAAGGAAAUGGAAUCCAUAUUUGGUGAACCUCCCCCAGCUAGUCUUUCAGGCCAUGCCAGAAACCAGGAUGCUACAAUAGAGUCCAUCUCUCUCCCACCAGAUGUCCAUGAAAAUGACUUAAGGUUGACUCACAUUGGCAGCACAGGUGAGGCAAAAAUGGUAGACGUAUCCAGUAAAGAGGAUAGCAAUAGAGUGGCAGUUGCUAGCUGCAAGGUCAUUUUGGGAAGGAAAGUGUUCGACCUUGUUUCAGCCAACGAGAUGGGGAAAGGAGACGUUCUUGGUGUGGCUAAGAUAGCUGGAAUCUGCGGGGCAAAGGAGACGAGCAGAAUCAUCCCACUGUGCCACAAUAUUAACUUGAUGCAUGUCCGAGUGGGUUUGACUUUGAACCCUGAAGAUUCGAGUGUUGAGAUAGAAGGGGAAGUGGCCACAUGCGGACAGACCGGAGUGGAGAUGGAGGCCUUGACGGCAGUGACUGUAGCUGGCCUGACGGUAUAUGACAUGUGCAAAGCAGCUUCAAAAGACAUCCAGAUUACAAAUGUAAAGCUUGAACGGAAAAGUGGCGGGAGGACUGGUGAUUGGUCCCGAGAGAAAUGAUUAUUAUUUGUCUAGAAGAUGGGACAUUUUUUCAAAUAUUUAUUGGGGAUAAUAGUUUUGCAAUAAAGAGGUGGGAAAUUUGUGGAAUUGGUCAUGAGUUGAGAAAUCUAAGCUCCAAGAUUUAAAUUGAACACUUGGUGUAAGCAGAACAAGAACUGUCCGGUUGAUAUGUGGUUGAUAGCAUGUCAAAAGGUACACAUUGAAGGAAAAUGGUAAUAAGGGUAGAUGAGUUCUAAGUUCUAACAAGAGUUCUACAAUUUCUGAGAUACUUUUGAACUUUUAAAAGUUAGAGAAAUUUAUUAUUUUAGUUAUGUAAUUUUCGAUUGUGCAACUUGACUUGCAUGUAGAUUUAUUUUUGCAAC